GGAAGGUGACAGGACUGCGCAAGCUGAGCAUGGGGCCCAAGUAUCUGAGCAUCGGCUGGGAGGUGCCGCAGAGCAUCAAGGGCAAGGUGCAGCAGUUCAACGUGCGCUACUACCCGCGGACCGAGGACAGCGCGGCCAGCAGCAAGUUCACUACCGCCCAGAACCUGACGCUGACCCAGUUCAUGCUGGAGACCGAGUACAUCUUCAUGGUUCGCGCCCAGACGGAGUUCGGAUGGGGAGAGUUCAGCGAACCGCUGGUUGUACAGACAGGACAGCAUGGAU